GGUUAUUACUGUGGUGCUAGAGCUAUGCAGCUGGAGCAUUGUCUUUCUCCCUCUAUCAUGCUCUCCAAGAAAUUUCUCAAUGUGAGCAGCAGUUACCCACAUGCAGGCGGAUCUGAGCUUGCCUUGCAUGAUCAUCCCAUUAUCUCGACCACUGACAACCUGGAGAGAAGUUCACCUUUGAAAAAAAUUACCAGGGGGAUGACGAAUCAGUCAGAUACAGACAAUUUUCCUGACUCCAAGGACACACCAGGGGACGUCCAGAGAAAUAAACUCUCUCCCGUCUUGGACGGGGUCUCUGAGCUUCGUCACAGUUUCGAUGGAUCUGCUGCAGAUCGCUAUCUGCUCUCUCAGUCCAGCCAGCCCCAGUCUGCUGCCUCUGCUCCUAGUACCAUGUUCCCUUACCCCAGCCAGCAUGGACCUGCUCACCCAGCCUUCUCCAUCGCCAGCCCCAGCCGCUACAUGGCUCACCAUCCUGUGAUCACCAACGGAGCUUAUAACAGCCUCCUGUCCAACUCUUCUCCACAAGGCUACCCCACGGCGGGCUACCCUUACCCCCAGCAGUAUGGCCAUUCCUACCAAGGGGCACCUUUCUACCAGUUCUCCUCCACCCAGCCGGGGCUAGUUCCUGGCAAGGCUCAGGUCUACCUGUGCAACAGGCCACUCUGGCUGAAAUUUCACCGGCACCAAACGGAGAUGAUCAUCACGAAGCAGGGGAGGCGCAUGUUCCCUUUCCUAAGUUUUAAUAUUUCUGGUCUCGACCCCACGGCUCACUACAAUAUUUUUGUGGAUGUAAUUUUGGCGGAUCCCAACCAUUGGAGAUUUCAGGGAGGCAAAUGGGUUCCUUGCGGCAAGGCGGACACCAAUGUACAAGGAAACCGAGUGUACAUGCACCCCGACUCCCCCAAUACGGGAGCCCACUGGAUGCGCCAGGAAAUCUCCUUUGGGAAACUAAAACUUACAAACAAUAAAGGAGCAUCAAACAACAACGGGCAGAUGGUGGUUUUGCAGUCCCUCCACAAGUACCAGCCCCGCUUGCAUGUGGUGGAGGUGAACGAAGACGGGACGGAGGACACCAACCAGCCGGGCAGAGUGCAGACCUUCACCUUCCCCGAAACCCAGUUCAUAGCGGUCACCGCCUACCAAAACACCGAUAUCACACAGCUGAAAAUAGAUCACAACCCUUUCGCAAAAGGCUUCCGAGACAAUUAUGACACGAUCUACACGGGCUGCGACAUGGACCGGCUGACGCCUUCCCCCAACGACUCGCCCCGCUCGCAGAUCGUGCCCGGGGCCCGCUACGCCAUGGCCGGCUCCUUCCUCCAGGACCAGUUCGUGAGUAACUACGCCAAGUCCCGCUUCCACCCCGGGGCAGGAGCCGGCCCGGGGCCUGGCGCCGACCGCAGCGUGCCCCACACCAACGGGCUGCUCUCCCCACAGCAAGCCGAGGACCCGGGGGCCCCCUCGCCGCAGCGCUGGUUCGUCGCCCCCGCCAACAACCGCCUCGACUUCGCCGCCUCCGCCUACGACACAGCCACCGACUUCGCCGGCAACGCGGCCACGCUGCUCUCCUACGCGGCCGCCGGCGUCAAGGCGCUGCCGCUGCAGGCGGCCGGCUGCGCAGGGCGGCCGCUGGGCUACUACGCCGACCCGUCGGGCUGGGGGGCCCGCAGCCCCCCGCAGUACUGCAGCAAGUCGGGCUCCGUGCUGUCCUGCUGGCCCAACAGCGCGGCGGCGGCGGCCCGCAUGGCGGCUGGCAACCCCUACCUGGGGGAGGAGGCGGAGAGCCUGGCCCCCGAGCGGUCCCCCUUGCCGGGCGCCGAGGACUCCAAGCCCAAAGAUUUGUCCGACUCCAGCUGGAUCGAGACGCCGUCGUCCAUUAAGUCCAUCGACUCCACCGAUUCUGGGAUUUACGAGCAGGCCAAAAGGAGGCGGAUCUCCCCCUCGGACACCCCGGUGUCCGAGAGCUCCUCACCCCUCAAGAGCGAGGUGCUCACCCAGCGGGACUGCGAAAAGACCUGUGCCAAGGACAUCGGCUACUACGGCUUCUACUCGCACAGCUAGGCGCGGUCCGCCCGGCCCCGCCGUCCUUUUGCACAAUAACUCCUCCGCGUUGGC